GCUGUAUUACAUGACAGUCACUAACAGAGUGAAUCACGCAUUGCAAAAUGCGUGCAGCUUGAUGUGACACGGCUGACCACAUUUUUUUUAAAGUAAAGAGCUCUCGUAAGAGUGCGUCACGGCCGAAGGGAGAAAGGCAAUGAUGAUGUGCAGGCGGCUUUAGGACCCACCUCGCGAACCGAGUUUCGUGUCAGCACAGCGCCCAGGGUUUACACAAGGAAGAAAAGCACUUCGCGCGGAGGAAACGGCAUGUGUGAGGUGUUUCAUGAUUCUACAGGUGAAGCUCAAUGGAUGGCAAGUUAGAGUUCAAAUGGUUCAGCGAAAUCAGCACUAUGACUGAUGGGGACUACGACUAUCUUAUCAAGCUCCUGGCUCUGGGGGAUUCAGGAGUUGGGAAGACCACUUUUCUCUACAGAUACACGGAUAAUAAAUUUAACCCCAAAUUCAUCACCACAGUUGGAAUUGACUUCAGGGAAAAACGAGUGGUAUACAGUGGCUCAGGACCAAAUGGUACUACUGGAAAACCCUUCAAAGUUCACCUGCAACUGUGGGACACAGCGGGGCAAGAAAGGUUUCGGAGCCUCACCACGGCCUUUUUCAGAGAUGCCAUGGGGUUUUUACUGAUGUUUGACCUCACAAGUCAGCAAAGCUUCUUGAAUGUCAGAAACUGGAUGAGUCAGCUGCAAGCUAACGCAUACUGUGAAAGUCCAGACAUAGUAUUAAUUGGUAAUAAAGCUGAUUUGUCCGAUCAGAGGGAAGUUCAGGAAAAGCAAGCCAAGGAGCUGGCAGAUAAAUACGGGAUACCGUACUUUGAGACAAGUGCGGCUACUGGAUUGGAAGUUGACAAAGCUGUUAUCACCUUGCUCGACCUGAUAAUGAAACGCAUGGAACAGUGUGUGGACAAGACCGCAUCGGAAACUUCCAACGGAGGAGGAUCAGGAAAACUAGAUUCUGUGCAAGCGCCAGAAAAGAAGUGUGCCUGUUAAAAUUGCAACGUAAAAAAAAAAAAAGUGUCAUUCUAAGAAAAUUCUCUAAAAGGACCAAAAGUAAAAUAUAUUUAAAUAUAAUGGUAACUAUUGAAUCUCAUAGGGAGCCAUGAAAGCAGAAAUGUUAAGCUAUAUUUAGUAUAACUACAACUGUGUAAACCAAGGCACAGUCCCACCAACAAUGUGUUAAAACAAUCAGAAUUUAAAAAGCAGAUCAGGCAGCCUUUAUAAGAAAUCCAUGACAAAAGCAGAGCUGUCUUAACAAGAGGCGCUGUUCCUACCUAGACGUUUACAGCAGGGUGGUCAUUGUGCAGAUCCUUUAUCCUUAUCUUCUGUGUCGCCCCGAGAGAAGGUACGAUAAUGACGACUCCUUGCAGAUUUGAAUGGACUGAUGAGACUCAUCACAUGGCACAGCAGCAGGUGGCGUAAUUUGAGUUAAGUCGACAAGCGUCAAGAUGCACAAAUCAUGAAUUGCUCUUCGUUAAUUGGAAAUUUGAAUGUGCUGGACUGUAAAAGUGUGGUAUAUACAGCAGUGUAUGGUUGCCGAAUUGUAAAAUAUUGUAUUGUUUUAAGGUAAAAAUUUUAGUAGUGAAUAGUUACAGUAGUUGGAAUAUGUCAUUCAUUGACAGUUUUACGUGGCCAUUUUGAAUGACUGAAUUUCCUGGUAUUUUAGUUGUCUGGAUUCACAGCCUUUGCUAUAUUUGGUGCCAUAAUUAUCACCCCCCCACACACACACACACUGUUUUUCGUUCAUUGCUACAGUAUGUCUGAUUUUUUUUUAACAACUUUGCCUUAAAUAAUUGUUGAAGAUUUUGAUCAUGUUUAAGAUAUGUCUCCUAUGCUGAUUAAAGGAAUUACAAUUUACGCUUUACCAGUGGAUCGAACCGUGCAGAAUAUAUUUUUAUCUUUUACUUUCUUUUUAUGUUGAGUCUUCUUGUUUUUUCUUUAAAAGUAGACCCUUCAGUUUGAUGUCAGGUUGAGGGUACCACCGUGUCUGUUUUCAUCUAUUUUGCUGUUUCUUUUUAAUUAACGACUGGUUAUUGUUUUCUAAAUAGAGUUUUCCAUGUACAGACUUUUAAUCUUUAAUUCGUUUGAAAUCGCUCUCUCUGCUCAGUACAUAGUCUGCCUUAAAAAUGUACAGUAAGUGGUCCUUUGCAAAAAUGCAGUGUUCCAGCAUUCUCUUGAAAAGGGCAAAAUGAGAAAUAAAAUCUAUAAAUGGCAACAAAUGAAAGUAUGAUCACGAUGCCUACUGGACCUCAAGGAACGGAUUGAAAUCUUUCCCUUUUACUAAACGGACCCAC